UCUAUACUUAUCUUUUUUUUCAGCAAUGAUCAAUGAUCCUAUGUGUAAGUAAAUACAUUAAAAAUAUGUAAGAUUACUUCUCAAUCUGUCCCAAGAUUUCAUGUGUGUAGCAUGGACGUAAUACAACAGCACGAAGCCACUCAACUUGCAGAACGAUUCGACGUCGAUUGCUCAAUGAAUACUUGCCCACAUACCAUUACCGUCAUUUCUUCGUUCUUGUCUGCUAUUGGUUGUCGCGAUACAAUACAACGAUGGUAGCGCCAUCUUCUGAACUAUUAUGUAAACAUAACACUCUAAUAUCUUGCAUGAGUUUACCAAACUGUGUCUUCUUCGACUAUAUUCAAGUAUAUUCUCAUGGCCAAUUUAUAUCUUUUAAGAGACAUGAUUAUAAUUAUUAAUUUAAAACUUUAAAAAAUGGAUAAAGAUAUUAAUACAAACAGAAAACUUAAUGAGUGGAUACAUUUCCAAAAACAACUUUUGGAAGAAAAAAAUUUUCUCACAGAUGUAUUAUCUAAACUUGACAAACAGAUACACGCACUUCAGGUUGAACAGUUACACUUAUUAAGCGUUAUAAAUACAAAAAGUAAUCCCAGUGAUGUUUGCAAAGAUACAGAUCAAGCUUUACCCUUACAAGCAACAAGUAGUAAUCAAUCUACAAAACAAAAACCUUUAGAUUUAUCAGUACCUGUUUUAAUGAAUUUUAAAGAAGAAGAAAGUGAAGAAGAUGAUAAUUAUGAUGAACUGGAUGACGAACUGGAUGAUGUACUGGAUGAUGAAAUGGAUGAACAAUGGGUGUAAUGAACUAAUUUCAUCAAAUCAUUUUGUACAUAUAUAGAUUAAAUAAAAUGGACAUACAAAUUUAA